CCGAGGAGUAGUCAAGAAUGGAGACUCGCAACAAUAUUUUGCUUGCUGUGUGUGCAACUUUCUCCAUCUUAAAUCUUGUCGAAUCUCAAAAUUAUCAACAAGGAUUCAUCAGUUUGGAUUGUGGAUUACCUUUAAAUGAGUCUCCUUAUAACGACUCAGUUACCACUCUAACAUAUAUAUCCGAUGCCGAUUUCACCCGCGGAGGAAAAACUGGUAAAGUGGAAAAGUACUUGGAGAAACACUUUAUUACACCAUAUACAGUUUUGAGAUACUUUCCAAUUCCAGAUGGAAUACGAAACUGCUAUAGUCUGAGUGUCAAGCAAGACACUAAGUAUUUAAUCAGGACUGUGUUUCUAUAUGGAAACUACGACGGUCUUAAUACUUCUCCAAGAUUUGACCUCUAUCUCGGUCCUAAUAUUUGGACAACCGUAGAUGUGCAAAUAUCAGGUAUAGGUGCUCUUGAGGAGAUCAUUCACAUAACAAGGUCUAACAGUUUAGAGAUAUGUCUCGUCAAGACAGGGACAAGUACACCAAUGAUAUCAGCCAUAGAAUUAAGACCUUUGCAAUAUAAUACUUAUAUUGCUCGAACUGAUUCCUUGAAAAGAUUAGACCGCCUCUACUUUACCAAUUCAAAUGAAAUUAUAUAUCCAAAAGAUGUCCGUGAUCGUAUUUGGUUUCCUUACUUCGAGCCGGAAUGGACGCAAAUAAACACAACCUUGAAGGUAAGUGAUUCUUCUGAUGGCUAUGACCCGCCACUAGAUGCAUUUAAGACCGCAGCCAUACCCACUAAUGCAAUCAUUGCCAUUAGGAAUAUCCAAUCUACAAGGGGUUUGAAUAGAAUCAGUUGGCAGGGUGAUCCAUGUGUCCCUAAACAAUUCAUGUGGAUUGGUUUAAGUUGUAGUGUUAUCGACAUGUCCACACCACCAAGAAUCAUAGCAUUAGAUUUGUCUUCAAGUGGAUUAACUGGAAUUGUACCCCUUAGCAUACAAAAUCUAUCUCAGCUUCAAGAAUUGGACAUGUCAAAAAACAAUUUAACUGGAGAUGUGCCUGAAUUUCUAGCCAAGAUGAAAUCGUUGUUGGUCAUAAACUUAAGUGGAAACAAUCUAAGUGGUUCUGUUCCUCGAGCCCUUCUUGAUAGAAAAAAGGAAGGGCUAAAGCUACUCCUUGAAGGAAAUAAAAAGCUAUGUGUGGCAUGUGGUACAAAAUUCCCUGUUGUGCUAGUUGUUGCCUCAGUUUCUUCAGCGGUCAUUAUCAUAAUCGGGUUAGUUCUCAUCGUCCUUCAUGAAAUCUCAUGGAACUCGGUUAACUUCCCCUAUGCAGUUAUACGCCCGUCGCUCGAAUUAAAAAAUAGAAGAUUUACUUAUUCAGAAGUCAAGGAAAUGACUAAUAACUUUCGAGUAGUUUUGGGCAAAGGAGGAUUUGGUGUUGUAUAUGGUCUACUAAAUAAUGAACAAGUAGCUGUAAAAGUCCUAUUUCAUUCUUCAUCUCAAGGCUAUAAGGAAUUCAAAGCAGAGGUUGAACUACUUCUAAGAGUUCACCAUGUAAAUUUAGUAAGCUUAAUUGGAUAUUGUGAAGAAGGAAAUGACUUGGCUCUCAUCUACGAGCUCAUGGUAAAUGGGGACUUAAAAGAACAUCUCUCGGGAAAACGUUCUGGCUCUGUUUUGAGCUGGUCAAGUAGACUUAAAAUAGCGUCUGAAUCGGCACUAUGUUUGUAA